AUGAAUUUAUCAAACCAAAAUCCUAAUUGUACCUUAAAAGCCACUAAUUGGGAAGGAUAGGCUAUAGAAUAAGAAGUUGAAUAAUGGGACUAAACCAAGUGUAAAUUUCAUAAAAUAAACAUUGGAAUCAAAUAUACUUAAGAUAAUUAAAUCAUCUAUUCAAAAAAUGAAAUAAUCUUGAGAGUGUAAAUUUUAAUUAUAAGUUAAAAUAAAGAGUAAAAGUACAUGAUAUUCUUGAGAAUCCACAAUUAUUUAAUAAUAUGGAUUAAAUCCAAAAUCUUUCAUGGUAAGGAUAAUAUGGUAAAAACGAAAAGAAAGAGGGUAAAUGGGUGGCUUUUUGGGAUAAAAAUAUAUUAAAGAAUGUUGGUGGAUACUUCAAUAAUGGAUAAAAGGAAGGGUAAUGGAAAGAUUUAUUUUUAAAUUAUUGUGAGUAAGUAAUUAUUUAAAGUUUUGAAUAGCUAAGCAAAAGUUGUUGAAACUGGAUUAUAUUUUAAGAGUCUUCGAAUUGGUAUAUGGAAUUAUAUUUUUAAAGAUAUGAAAAUGUAAUUAGUUUAUUAAAUUCUUAGAAGUGGUGGAUUAUACAAUGUUGAUGGUUAAAAGUAAGGUAAAUGGAUUGUGUUGGAUGAAAGGUUUUUUAAUUAUAAAUAAGUCACUUAUAAUGGUGAAUACAAUUGUUAUGGUAUGAAAAUAGGUAGAUGGGAUAUUAUGUAUAAAUAUGUUGAUAAAUAUGGUAUUGAGAGGGAAUAUAAAUAAAUGUAAGUAUUAUAUAUGUAUUAGAAAUGCAAUUAUUAAUUUAUGUGUGUAUUAUUAGUGGUGGUGGAACAUAUGGUUAAAAAGGAAACUAAAUAAAGAUUGGAAAAUGGAUAGAAUUAGAUGAAGAGUUUACAUUUGACAAAUAAGUCGCUUAUAUUGGUGAAUAUAAUAACAAUGGAAAGAAGGUGGGCAGAUGGGAUAUUAUGUUUUAUAAAUACGGGGUACCUUAAGAUCAAUAAAUGUAAAUAUAUUAGAAGUAUAAGAAAUAAUCAAAUAUAUGUGAAUGUGUUUUAGUGGAGGAGGUUUAUAUGAUUUGGAAGGAAAUUAGAAAAAAAUUGGAAAGUGGAUAGAAUUGGAUGAAGGUUAUUCCUUAGAUUUUGUAGAUUCAAAGGAAGUAACCUAUAUAGGUGAAUAUGAUAUGAAUGGAAGGAAAAUUGGUAGAUGGGAUAUUCUUUAUAGGAAUAAAUAAAUGUAACUAUAACAUAAGGAAUAUAAAGUGGUGGUGGUUUAUAUGAUUUGGAGGGAAAUUAGAAAAAAAUUGGAAAGUGGAUAUUAUAAGAUAAAUAGUUUAAAGCAAUUAAAUAAAUCACUUAUACUGGCGAAUAUAAUAUCAAUGGUAUUAAGGUGGGGAGAUGGGAUAUUAUGUUUACGAAAUCUAUUGAUUAACCAUAUCAAUAAAUGUAAAUAUUACAUAAGUAUAAAAAUAUAGUGGUGGUGGAUCAUAUGAUUAAGAAGGGAAUUAGAUAAAAAUUGGAAAGUGGAUAGAAUAGGAUAAUUUUUUUCUAUUAAUUAAAUAAAUCACUUAUAAUGGUGAAUAUAAUAUCAAAGGUAGGAAGGUGGGUAGAUGGGAUAUAUGGUUUUAGAGACUUUUUGGAGAUAAAUAUGAACAAAUGUAAAUAUUCUAGAUAUAUUAGAAAAAUAUAAUAAUCUGUGUGUGCAUGUAUUUUAGUGGUGGUGGAUUUUAUGAUUAAAAAGGGAGUUAGAAAAAAAUUGGAAAUUGGGUAGACUUAGACGAAAAGUUUUAAACAGGAAAUGAAAUCACCCACACCGGCGAAUAUAAUAUCAAUGGUAUGAAGGUAUGUAGAUGGGAUAUUUUAUUUAGGAAUAAAUAAAUGUAAAUAUUCAAUAAAUAUAAGAUAGUAGGGGUGGAUCAUAUGAUUAAGAAGGAAAUGAGAAAAAGAUUGGAAAAUGGAUAGAGUUGGAUGAAUAUUUUAAUUCUAAUAAAUCUAUUUAUAAUGGUGAAUAUAACAUGAAUGGAACAAAGGUAGGAAGAUGGGAUAUUAUGUAUCAUAAAUUGGAAAGAGAAUAUAUCUAAAUGUAAAUAAAUCUCAGAAUUAGCAAUAUAGUGGAGGGGGAUCAUUUGAUUAAGAAGGAACUAAGUUUGGAAAGUGGACUGAAAUUACAAAAUCCUAUGAGGUCACAUAUAACGGUGAAUACAAUAAGAAUGGUGUGAAAGUAGGUACCUGGAUAGAGAUGAGUAUAAAUGAUAAUAAAAAACUAAGAGAAAUACAAUAUGAUAAUUGA